AUGUUGAAGGAACAAGUGGAGGGUGGAACGCAGAGAUAUGCAAUCGACGGCACAUGGAGCGGCAAUAUAUCACGAUUUUUCAACCACACAUGUGUUAAUCCUACGUUGGAGGCGAAAGUGCUGUUCACUCGUGGCAACAUGGUGACCCAUGAUCUGGCAUUUUUUACGACUAGAGACAUCGAAAUUGGCGAAGAGUUGGUAUUCUGUUAUUCAAAAGAAGUCAUGCAGCAGAGAACAUUCGGAAUUCCUUGU